AUGGCGGACACUGCUUCCGCCAUUGGCACAGCCCUCGCCUCUGUAGGCUCAGUGCGGGCCUCAGUGGACGAGCGGGCUCUAGACGAGAAGCUAGGAGUGGACGCCACGGCAGCGUCGGUGAGGGGUACGACGGACGAUGGCCACGAGACCGUCGACGGGCUGGUGCUGCCAACCGAGGAGGAGAAGUCAACGCUGCGGCGCGUCGCCGGCAGGAUGCCCACCACCGCCUACUACCUCUGCGCCGUUGAGUUCGCCGAGCGUGCCUCGUACUACGGCUGUAAUCAAGUAUACAAGAACUUCAUCCGGGCUCCUCUACCGCCGGACGGACCCGGAACCGGAGCCGCCGCCCCGGGUUCUGAUUAUACUGCCGGCGCUUUGGAUCAGGGGACUGUUGUGGCGACUGCUAUGACUGAAGCUUUCAAGUUCCUAGCUUACGCUCUCCCCGUCUACUUCGCCUGGCUGGCCGACACUAAGUACGGGCGCUUCAAGAUGAUCUGCUGGGGCGUGGCCAUCUGCGGCAUAGCACACACUAUCAUGAUCAUCUCUGCGCUGCCACCAGUACUGCAGUCGGGCCAUGCCAUCGGUCCCUUCGCCUUUUCAUUGUACCUUCUGGCGAUCGGGGCCGCACAGUUCAAGCCUAAUAUUUCUCCCACGCUGAUGGACCAGAACCCGCACAAGAUCGCCCACAUCAUCACUGACGCCAAGUCGGGCGAGCGCAUCAUCGUCGAUCCCGAGGAGAGCAUCAACAGUGUCAUGCUGUGGUUCUACCUCCUGAUCAACCUCGGCUCCACCUUCGGCAUCGCCACCAGCUACCUGGCCAAGCUGGUCGGCUACUGGGCCGCGUACCUGAUCCCGACCAUCCUAUACCUCCUGUUGCCGCCCCUAUUGUUUUACCUGAAUCCUCGCCUGGUCAAGCAGCCCCCGGGCGGCUCCGAUCUCGUCAACGUGUUUAAGGUGCUCGGCGACAUCUUCGCCCACGGCGGCCUCAAGUCGAUCGGCCGCAAGGGUUUUUGGGAGGCCGGCAAGCCGAGCGUGCUCCGCGCCGCCGGCAGCACCAAGACCUUCAGCUACGACGACCAGUUUGUCAACGAUGUUCGCAGAACCUUCCAGGCGUGCGGCAUAUUCUUGUUCAUCCCGAUCUGGCAAAUCAACGACACCGGUCUCGGUGCCGCUGCCAAUGCUCUAACGGCCGGCAUGGACACCAAGGGCUUGCCGAACGAUCUCCUCGACAAUCUGAACGCCGUCAGUAUUGUCGUUAUGGUCCCCGUGAUGAACCACAUUGUGUACCCGUUCCUGCGCAAGCGCGGCAUCCGCUGGGGCGCCAUCUCGCGCAUGACGUUCGGCUUCGCGCUCGGCACCAUCGGGUCCGUCGGCUAUGCCGUGCUGCAGUACUACGUGUACAGGACGUCGCCGUGCGGCUGGCGCGCCACGACGUGCGCCAAGAUCGUGCCCGAGGGCGCCGAGUCGCUGUCGACUGUCAGCUACGGGCUGUACUCGAUCCCGGUCGUCCUGGGCGCCGUGUCUGAAAUAUUUGUCAACGUCACCGCCUACGGCAUCGCCUACAGCCGCUCGCCAAAGAACAUGAAGGGACUCGUCGCCUCCGUUAAUCUCUUCAUGAACGCCAUAUCGGCCGCCAUCGGCCUCGCCACCGCCCCGGCCAUCCAGGACCCCUACCUCGUGUGGGCGUUUGCCGGCCCAACCAUCGCGGGCGCGGUGUCGUGCGUGGCUUUUUACCUGACGUUCCGCCACCUCGACCACGAGGAGUUUGUCCUGAACACGGGCUUCGACGACUUUAAGCCCGCGCGGGUUGACGGCGACGAGGAGAGGGUCCCGGCCGACAACCAGGUUGCGCUUGAGGAGAAGAAGGCCUAG